UAUUUUUGCAAGCGACACAGGUUACAGCUCUCCCAGACCUCUCUCGCAAAAGCCUCGCGUCUCUUUCCCUAGGGAUAACCGACUCGUACGAAAUACGCAGUACGGAUACCACACACGCACACACACGCACACAUGCACGCGCACACAUUCUCUCACAUUCAAUAAUUCAAUUCGCCGCUAUCCCUCGACCCCUCCCCUACAAUUCUGAGAUUGCACCAUCCUUUACCUGAUCCGGCCACUCCCGUCCCCGUCUAUCUCAAGACUACUCAACCACUACUGUACAGCUGCCACGCCUCAACAUACCUAUCGGUCCUCGUUAUCAGUCUCUUAUCCAAGCAAAGAUUACCAUUUCAUCACCUCAUCACAUCUGGAUUUCCGGCCCCUGCACUGCACUUCGCCACCCGCUGCAAUUUUCUUUUUUUACCUCUUGAUCACGCUAUUCGAUUUACUAUGUACCCCGUGCCUCACAUCUCAACCUCGCUUAGCCCGUCAGGUUCUGCUUCGGUCUCUUGGGUUUCGUCAUGUUUCGUCACUAAUCAUUGGUCUCUAGCGGCACCGUGCUACCUGGGAAGCCCCUUCUUACCACCCAUUGAGGUCUUUCCAGCCAACACAUCGGUCGCCCACUACGCGCACCGAUGCCAUGGAUCCCGAGUCUUCCGAUAGCGAUGUUUCUAUCGGUGGUGGAGACGAAUACAGAUAUGCCAGUCCUUUGACGGCGCCUAUUCCUCUCCCGCCACCGCCUUCGAAGCAUGCACUCGAAUCAGCCGACGCCGUUCAAGCACGACUGGACGAACUGAGUCGGGUCGAAACCAACAACGAAAAGAAAUACAGUCUACUCAAGGCCAAACGCCAACGCAAGGAUGAAAAGAUUCGGCGCAAGCGUGAAGCUCAGGACAAGAAAUGGCUUGCCAUUACGGAGGCUCGCAAACGUCGAGACGCUAGAAUCGCAGCACGACGCAAGCGCGAAGAUGCUGCCUUCACCCAGUUCUUCGAACAUGAUUUGGACGAUGAAGAAACCAGUCUCCGCAGACGCUUGAAGCGGCUCAAGCGAGGCCUCCCCCUCGAUGAAUCACCCAGGGCUAGCACUAGAAGUGUCUCGGGCCCAUCAAUGUCUCCCCCGUCGUCAUUGUCCACCGUUCCACCACCGGCAAAAAGACAUCAGGUUGGCCCUCCGGGCCAGCCCGAGUCCGCCAAUUCGACACAAUCGCGACCCUCACCUCAGUCCAACGUGCCAGGCUCAACUACUAAGACUAGUCUGCCUGGUCCGCCAUAUUCAUUCUACCGCGAUCCGAACUCGGCCUUUUCAAGACCGUAUCAACACGGGUCUUAUUCUGCUUCACCAACUGGAUCGUCACCGAACGCAGGCACAAAUCGUCUCCCUGACGCGGCACCAGUUCCUGCAAGCCAUGAUCGACCAUUGGGACUUUUGGGUCGCUCUACAUCACCCCGUUCAAGACCAGUCACAAGUGCUCAAUCUCCUUUGACCCCGGUGUCCAGUGCGAGCACCCACCCCCCCCGUCAGGUAUCAUCAAGCUAUGACACCCGACCUCCGCCGACCAAUGCGUCCUCUGGCUUUGCCUCGAUCAAUGCCCCUCCUCCGUCGGGAUUUGCGUCGAUUAAUGCUCGACCGACAGGCACGCCACCCGCCGCGCACGCUGGAAUAACUCGACCACAAGCUGAAAGCGACUUGAACAGAACUCCAAUCGGUCCUCACACUAACGGCGGUCUAGAUAAAGAUCGCUUCCAACAGUACGGACAUACCCCGACGAGUGUUCCGUCACCAGCUACUUCAAAUGGUGGAACUAAACGUACUCCAUCGACUACUCACCCAUACCAAAUGUCCGAAGCUUUUGCCAAUAGGCAUCACCACUGCGAAAGGGUCGACAGUUUGAAUCGAGGAAUCUGGACUUCUUUCGGUCCUGGAGGCACGGCUGAAAAUCCGACCGGCGCACCUGUUGAGAUGUACCUUCGUUGCAACCACGACGGCUGCACACGAAUCGAUUGGCGCACUGUGCAUGGCCUCCAAUGCCAUAUUGUUAAAAACCAUUCGCAACCCAAGGGGACGAUCGGAAGCCUCGACAAAGCUCUGGAGCGUUAUGGUGUGCCCAUCAAGGAGGUCGAGGAUUAUGAACGUGACCAUGGAUCGGGCUCAGCUGGUACUAUGGCAGAUCCUAAGAAUCACAAGAUCAAAACCAAGACGAAAGAGGCCAUGGGCUUGGAGACGAGACCGUAUAUUCGUAAAGACACACCAGGCGGAUACGAUCCGGAUGUGAGACCGGCAGGUUACAGACCCAGUCCGGCGCAAAGUCCCGCGCUGAGCGACGAGAUGAAAAGAAGUCCAACUGUGAGCAUGAAUGGGUUCUCGAGGGAAGCAACCACGGAUGAAUCGCGGAAAUCUGCACCACAGACUGCGACUGCAAGUCCCAUGAACACCUAUUCUGCCCCGAGUGGUAAUUGGUAUCGAAAUCCUUUCCCAGGUGGACUACCCCUUCACGCUGAGCUCGAGCCAAAGAGGUUGCAAGGUGACUUUGGUCCAAAUGAUGCUGGUGUUAAACGUUUACAGCCUCUUCCACUGGCCUAUCAACCUGGACCUAAUGUGGCAAAUGGUGUUCAAAACAAAUCUCCACCUUUGAAUACUCUGCCUCCACAACCAAAGUCGAGCAGCACGAUCUCUGUUGCUGAUACAUCCAAAGCUGUUGCUAAUGUUGCCGCCUCUCCCAUAUCCUCGGCCUCGGGUCCUGCUCCAAAGAUCCAGACUGUAAAUGAAGCUCCUCGAGCUGCCCAAAUUCCUGCAACCCUUGACAAAGGCCAGCCAGCACAAAAGGGUACUGUUCCUCCAGCGGCGGCUCCUGUGAAGAACGGCGAACCAACGCCUGCGAAACCCGACGGACCAGCUGGUGCAGACAAGGAUGGCGAUGUGACAAUGACCGGUGUAGAUCAGCAACCGGACAAGCAAAACGAGAAGGCACCUGAAGUUCCUAAUGGCACCGGCGCGGAUAAAAACCAACAGAUAACACCUGCACCAGACGUUUCGUCCGUGUCCAAGACCGCGCCUGAGGUUGAACCCAAAACUGAGCCUGCUGUGUCUAGUCCUGCAGCUGAGCCAGAAUCAGAGGACCCAUCACAGACGAUCAUUGUGGAUAAUGAUGCGAGCAAGGAUGCAGGUGCUGCAGCAAAGCGUAACGCUCCCGCCUCCACCGCCAACAAUGGACCUUUCCAAUCGCCUGUCAUGACAACUCGAAGUGUUCAAGCUGCCACCUCGAGUGUCACCACUCCUGGAAGUGCAACGAGACGCGGAAGUCGACGAAGUAGCCUUGCGCGAAGGAGUGUCGAGCGGGAUGGCGAUGCCAACGAGGGAAGACCUGACAAAGAGAAUGAUGACAAGGAGGAAAAAGAAGUGAAAGAGGAAAAAGUUGAACGAGAAACCAGACGGAGUAUGACGGGUCGACUAUUGAGACGAGGGAGAUGAUCAAAGUUGGAAGCGAGGGGGCGGUCGGUCAAGUCGAAGUUUUUUUUAUUUAGAAUCCAUUGGCGCUUCUGGAUUCCCAAGAAGAAGAAAAAGGUUGAAAUGAACCAUGCGUUGAUAAUAAGGGGAGCAGGGUGAAAGGACUUGAGCUGUCGUUUUAUUUUCGUUUCGUGUUUUUCCGUGUUCUGAGACGGGUCUCAUCAUUACUUUCGACUCUUGAAUAACGUCAACAUAUCCGAGUUUUCGCUGGUGUUUUUAUCAUUCAACGUUUUCGGUAUUUUGAUGCUUUUUUUUGGCACACGAUGAAACGAGGGGUGAAGGGAGAGAAUUUUGUCUCUUUGCGAUGUAAUUUCCUUUUUUUUGGCCUUGUUUUCGCUUUGCUUUCGACAUUUGGAUGUUUUGGUGUUUUUAGGGCGGGCGAGGGAAGAACAACAAACUACUAACACUUAAAAUAUCGGCCACGCACCCGACACUUGACUACCUACCUAGUCAGCGAAUCACCAUAUGGGCAUAUGCACAUUUGCACACGAACGAGUACCCUCGAAGUUUUUGGUUUUUUUUGGUUUUUUGUUUUGGUGAUGGUGAUGGGUGACCACGAGAAACCCAGCAGAUCAAAGUUUUGUUGUAUAAAGGGGUUAAGUAUCUCGUGUACAAUAUAUAUACAUGUGUAUAUACGUGUAUAUACCUAUCUACCUACAAAGUAUACAUAUAUAUAUAUGUACCCGAGGUAGAUUCAUUUCAUGUAUGUAUUGGCGUCGGCAGUUUACAG